CCUUACGUCAUUGUUUGAAAACUUCGGGACGGACGUUGUCUGUGAAAGCUGCUGUCAUACAUACCUCUGGUUACGGGAGGGAAAACACUAACUCCCUGUCGCUGCUUGUCUGGAUUAAGGACGUCACGACUUCCGCCUCCUUCUAAGAAGUUUGGGACAUGUGACCCGAGGCAACAGAGCCAUUUUGCGAAGGUCAAGUGGCGAACUGGUGCAACGUGGCUUCCCUCAACUAGCCUGGGAAGUUUGUAGACAUCGGUUGACUCCGAGACAGGUGCACCCUAAGAUUUGAACUUGUGCUGGUCACGGUGACAGCGUCUUGGAACCAUUACAAGUCGGCCUGUCAGUUGGGCUGUGAAAAUGGCGAACUUGCCCUGUGCCUGAGUUAGAGUGAAAUACCUGUUGAAUUUUGAGAGCAGUGUUACAUGUAAUUCAUUUGUGAAGAAAACCAACGGCCAUCUGUAACAAAUUCGCCUACCAGAACUCUAAACCACGGGAACAUUUUUACCGUGUAUCCCUCUCUGUCAUAAAAGUACAGACUGAAAUAAUUCCUCACUACCAAUUUAUAUUGAGAGCUAGGCAGCCAUGAAUUCGAACCACAGGAUUGUCGGACGGAGGAGGUCCUCUCACGAGGCGAAGCAGUACGACAUGUUACUCCGGGUUCUGCUGAUCGGAGACUCCGGCGUGGGGAAGACUUGUAUCCUCUACCGCUUCGUGGAGGACGACUUCACCAUGUCACACAUCUCAACUAUAGGGAUUGACUUCAAGUUAAAGACAGUGGAAGUAAAUGGCAAGAGAAUCAGAGUACAAAUAUGGGAUACUGCUGGGCAAGAAAGAUAUGAAACUAUCACAAAGCAAUAUUACAGGAGAGCACAGGGAGUUUUACUGGUGUAUGAUGUGACCAGUGAAAAAUCUUUCACCAACAUCUCCAAGUGGGCCAAUGAUGUGGAUGAGUAUGCACCAGAGGAUGUAGAGAGAAUGUUGAUAGCAAACAAAUGUGAUGAACGGGACUGGAGAGUCAUCUCUAAACAACAGGGACAGAAGCUUGCAGACCUGUAUGGAAUGUCAUUCUUUGAAACCAGCGCUUACAGAAAUGUCAACAUAAAGGAGGCCUUCCUGGCCCUGACCAACAACAUUAUCCGAAGGCAGGGCAUCAUCCCCCCAUCUGACCACAGCUGUGUCAAGGACGGCAAGUGUAUCCAUGACCUGGACAUGGACCUGGCGGCAGAUGAUGUCUCCCCACUGACGGACGCAGAAGAGACCAAGACUGGAGCCUGCUCUGCAUGUUCAUUGGCAUAAUGUACACUAUAGACUGGGGUUUUGGUGAAACAUUAAGACAUUUACAUACCUUCCCCUGGUACCUACAGCAUCAUUCCACAACACAGAAAGCACCUGUAAGAGAGGAAUCAGAGAGUUCCAUUAGAAAUACCCCAAAUGAGGGGCUGUCAGAGCUGUGGAGAUUGUUUGUCAAUGUCAUUUGACGUCUUUAUUUGUGCACAACCAACCUUGUCCAUAUACUGGACUAUAUCCAAAUUGUGCCAGUAACUACUGGUGCGUGGUGUAUUGUUAGAUAGCUGUCAUUGUAUACCAGAGUGAACAAAGCUUUAAGUUUAACUAUGUAUAUGCUACCAAUACUUGUGAUAUAAGGUAGAGGAUAUUUAUUUGGGACACUUGCAAAUAGGUUUCUACAUGUACUUUCAUAGAUGUAUGCUGUCGUGAUUCUGCACGGAUUGCUUUCCUUUUUCAAUAUGUUGUUGCAACUUGUCCAGCAGAUGGAAGUGUCCAAGAGGACAUGGUGUUUAAACGUGCCUUCAGGUGAUCCUAACCAGACAGUGCCUAUUAUGUGAAGCCACAGCCUUGUAGAGAUAUUUUUUCCAUAUCCAAGCAAAUGGUGCUAAUUAAAGAAUGUAUAUGCAAACCAUGCAUCAAAGCCAUUUGGCCAUUCCAGUGUAACACUAAAUCAUUCCACUUACAAAGGAUCCAGCUAUUUUUCCAUGUAACAACCACAGUAGUGUUGAUGGAGGCAAGGACAAGAUAUGUGGUCUCCAUACUGUUCACUAGUUAACUUGUUUGUCUAGUUUUGCUCAGGCCACACAAAGUUAUUUUACAAAGUAUACCUCUGGGUGCAUUGACAAAUACAAUGGAACAUCCCAGACUUUAGUAUGUACAUUUGUAGCUUGUAAAGCUUCUACAAUGCAACACUGGUAUCUUCACAUUUGAAGAGACAUGUUUGAAAGAAAUUAAGAAUCUCUAAUAUACAGUAUGUAGUGAUAGUCAAAAUCAUGUAUCAUGCCAGAAAAGUACAUUAUGUAUGCCCACUUACAAGUUAAGACUUCCAACAUGUGACUCUUCAAAUUCAAAGGGACCAGUGCACAUGCUUGUUGUGUUUCGAGUAGAAUGAUUAUAUGACAUGAGGACAGCCAGGUAGCUAUCUAUGCAUAAGUAAUUUGUACAGGAAUAUGCAAAAAAUAUUUCUUACAAAAGUAUUGUCUAGGUUUGAAAGAUAUAAGUAGGGGCAGAUGACUAUAUAUUUUUGUCAUGUAUUUAUAUAGGUGGUCUUGUAGGGAAGUAGGGAAAGUAUAUUUUGAUGCUGCAUCAGUUGGUGCCACAUUCUAGCUAACCAACUGGGAAAAUAAAUAUUUACAGCCUUAACAAAAAACUCAUGUCUGUUUUGUAGCACAUCGGUCAGCAGUAGAACCAGGGCUACACAAAUUUAUGUCGAGUUGUAUAUUUAUCUAAACAGGGAAACAAGUUAGAGAUGCAUUUUCUUCACCAUAUUUUAGCAACACAUUUUUUUCUAUGUUGUGUGGCAAAUGUUUUGCACGAACUGUUUAACAUAUCUUUAACCUUAUUCAGCCAAUAUGUGGUGAAUUUAGUUGUCUUUACUUAGUGACCACUGACCAGUAUUACACAAUUGUAAGUGAAUAAUCUACAUAUACAAGCUCUCAGUUAAAAACCACAAGUAAAAACAGAAGUCACAUGGAAACAAGUUUAUUUAUCAAUGUGAACAAUAUACAUGUCAGCUAUCUGUCAGUUAGUCUUGACUGUCAAAGCAUGUUCAAAUGUGACAAUCCAAAGCACAGACAGAAAGUUGGCCAAGUACAAUCCACAAGUAGUUUACAAUACAGUAAAAGUUUA